AUGAGGCUGUCACUCGUUUCUCUUGCCGUGUUCGCGGCUCCAUCCCUCGUUCACGGACGCAGACACAGAUGCUCCCGGUCCACGCCUCUUUCAUCAGCUGCUGCCGCCACGCCGGACACCAGCAGCGGAUGGACUUCCACUCCUUCAGCCAGCGUCUCCCCUUCGUCUGUCAUUAUCGCCUCCUCGUCGACCCCGAUCUUAAGUGAUAGUUCUGCAGUCAGCCCAUCAGCCUCAACGCCUACACCCGGUAGCGAUGUGCCUACUACUUUCAGUAUUGGAACAACUCCCGCUGGAACGCCAUCAUCAAGUGAUGUUUCCGUUACACCAUCCUCAACUGAUAUCUCCGCUACGCCAUCCUCAACUGAUAUCUCCACUACACCAUCGUCGAGCUUGUCCUCUACUUCCCUAGAAGUAAGCAGCAGCGCUUCGGAAACCCCCAUUGCUUCUACAACACCCGCGGAAUCGACCACUCUCAUCACGCAAACGACACCCAGCGCUUCAACAGUGUCCAGCGUGUCUAUGACGCUUGCCUCAUCCACGGUUAUAAGCUCCUCUUCCUCCAGCUCCGCACCAGCUGCCACACCAACCGGUUGGCAGUUACAGUCAAGUGGUGCAAACAGCGCUUACGCGGGCAGCUUCAUGCUUGGUUACACGCAAUACAAAGAUGGACCCCAUCUUCUCGACCCCAGCACGACCACGCCCGACGUCUACUCAAAGAUGGAGCUCUACAUUGAACCCGGGACGGGCUACCUCUUCUGGAUCAUCGAUGGCGUUAACAACCGAUAUCAAUUCUAUACCACUUACGACGAGUUCAACGAGAAUGGGGAAUAUUAUUACAAUGUUAACCCGGGUCUCAUCGCUGUUUAUGACAGGACAGACCUUAGCGGCAGACACGUGCAGCCCCUCGUGUGCUCUCGGACUGCUGCUUCAUUCAGCUGCUCCGCCAAUACGCCCGCUGGCGUGUUCAGCCACUUCAUGGUCAACCCUGCAUCGAACUAUUAUGACAGCUCAAUUGCCUUUGGGAGUUCCGUUCCUUCACCUUACCAGGAGGUUACGUUUGCAGCCGUUGAUGUCUAUUAG